AGUUCGAAUGUCUUCUUUGUUGUGCGGACGGAGGAAACGGUAAAACGUCCCAUUUGUCUUUUUUCUCUCUCUGAAUGAGACAUGUUAUGAUUGUCUGUUUACCAUAGUGGACAGAUGAUUGAUUGUUAGAUUAGCUUCCAAGACAAGGCAAAAUCAAUACCCUCCCCCCCUCAAACUCUCUCUUUCGGUUUCCUUUUGGUGUUGUUGAUACUUGAUAAUUUGUUAGGAGGCAUCACGAUAAUCAUGAUGCUGGGGAAAAGCUAGAAAGCCUAGAGGUAGUUGAUUUCAGGGUCUUGUUGCAGCUAGCCAUGGCAGCUGUGAAGUUGUUCUUCCUGCUGGUGUUCUCCGGAGGGAUGCAUGGGAUCUUGUGUUUUACCAACUCUGAUGAUGCUGGGGUACUCCAGUCUUUGAAGGGUCAGUGGGAAAAUACACCACCAAGCUGGGAAAAGUCAGAUCCUUGUGGCGUACCCUGGGAAGGAAUCACAUGCAACAACUCAAGGGUGAUUGCAUUGGGAUUAUCGACCAUGGGCCUCAAAGGAAAGCUAGAGGGUGAUAUUGGGGGGCUAACCGAGUUGAGAUCCUUGGACUUGUCAUUCAAUCUAGGUCUCACAGGUUCUCUCACUCCAAAGUUAGGGAAUUUAGAAAAUCUGAACAUCCUAAUCCUUGCAGGCUGUGGCUUCACCGGUCAAAUUCCAGAUGAAUUGGGAAAUCUUGCGCAGCUGACCUUCUUGGCACUGAAUUCAAACAACUUAACUGGUCAAAUACCUCCUUCUUUGGGUAGACUCUCCAAUCUCUACUGGCUGGAUCUGGCAGAGAAUAAGUUGUCAGGACCUUUCCCAACUUCAACAUUAACCAGCCCGGGCUUGGACCAACUUCUAAAGGCAAAACACUUCCAUUUCAAUAAGAAUCAGCUUUCAGGCCCCAUUCCGCGGAAACUUUUCAGCUCUGACAUGGAACUAAUACAUGUACUAUUUGAUGGAAAUCAAUUGUCUGGGAGUAUACCAGACACACUAGGACUUGUUCAGACUCUUGAGGUUCUGCGGCUUGACAGAAAUUCUCUUAGUGGGACCGUCCCAUCAAACCUCAACAACCUAACGAUCGUCAAUGAAUUGAAUUUAGCGCACAACCAACUUAUUGGGCCAAUACCAAACUUAACAGGAAUGGACCACCUUAAUUAUGUCGACUUAAGUAACAACACUUUUGACCCAUCAGAAGCUCCAGCUUGGUUCUCAACCUUACCAUCACUCACCACCCUGAUUCUAGAACAUGGAUCACUCUAUGGGAGUGUGCCACAAAAAGUCUUCAGCUUUCCAGGGAUAGAGCAAGUGAAACUAAAGAACAAUGCAUUCAAUGACACAUUCAGCAUGGGUGACAGCAUAGGCGAUCAACUGCAGCUUGUUGAUUUGCAAAACAACCAAAUUCCAUCAGUAACACUGAGUUCUGGAUACACAGAUGCAUUAAUACUCGUGGGAAACCCUGUGUGCAAGGUUACUCUCUUGAAUACUGCCUACUGUCAAAUUCAGGAUCAAACCCCAAAGACAUAUUCUACCAACCUGGCUAAUUGUGGAAGCGAACUUUGUUCCCCAGACCAGAAGCUCAAUCCUCAGAGUUGUGAGUGCGCUUAUGCAUAUGAAGGGACACUAUACUUCAGAGGUCCAACCUUCAGGGAUUUGUCUGACUUAAACAAAUUCCAUUCACUAGAAUCAAGCCUUUGGACGAAACUGAACCUUACUCCUGGUUCAGUUUUUCUUCAGAACCCCUUCUUCAAUAUUGAUGACUAUCUUCAGAUACAAUUGGCACUCUUUCCACCCACAGGAAAAUAUUUUAAUAGGUCAGAGGUUCAGAGGAUUGGAUUUUCCCUGAGUAAUCAAACCUACAAGCCUCCUGAAGAAUUUGGGCCCUACUAUUUUAUCGCAUCUCCAUACCACUUCCAAGGACAUGGAGGAACUUCUUUUAGCUUGGGUGUGAUUAUUGGGAUAGCAAUUGGCUGUACCAUUCUGGUUGUGGGGCUUGUGGCAUUGGGGAUAUAUGCUGUUCGACAAAAGAAACGUGCAGAAAGGGCUAUUGAAUUAAGCAAACCAUUUGCUUCUUGGGCUCCAAGCGGCAAAGAUAGUGGUGCUGCACCACAAUUAAAGGGAGCAAGAUGGUUCUCUUAUGAUGAACUCAAAAAGUGCACCAAUAAUUUCUCAGAAAGUAAUGAGAUUGGAUCUGGGGGCUAUGGCAAGGUUUAUAGAGGAAUGCUCUCUGGUGGACAAAUAGUGGCGAUCAAAAGAGCUCAGCAAGGAUCUAUGCAAGGUGGGCUCGAAUUCAAAACUGAAAUUGAGCUGCUUUCACGGGUUCAUCAUAAGAAUCUUGUCGGCCUUGUGGGCUUUUGCUUUGAACAAGGAGAACAGAUGCUGGUUUAUGAAUUUAUGCCCAAUGGAACACUCAGGGAGAGCUUGUCAGGGAGAUCUGGCAUUCAUUUGGAUUGGAAGAGGAGACUCCGUAUUGCUUUAGGCUCAGCCAGAGGCUUAGCUUACCUUCAUGAGCUUGCAAAUCCUCCUAUAAUUCACAGAGAUAUCAAGUCCACCAAUAUUCUGUUGGAUGAAAAUUUAACCGCAAAGGUUGCAGAUUUUGGUUUGUCUAAACUAGUAUCAGACAGUGCAAAAGGGCAUGUUUCAACUCAAGUCAAAGGCACAUUGGGUUAUCUUGAUCCUGAAUAUUACAUGACUCAACAACUAACUGAGAAGAGCGAUGUAUACAGCUAUGGAGUAGUUAUGCUUGAACUGGUAUCUGCUAGGCAACCAAUUGAGAAGGGAAAGUACAUUGUUCGUGAGGUGAGAAUGGCAAUGGAUAAGAAUGAUGAAGAGCACUAUGGCUUGAGGGAGAUAAUGGAUCCAGCAAUCAGAAACGUGACAAAUCUUAUAGGGUUUAGGAAGUUUCUGGAGUUGGCCAUGCAAUGUGUUGAAGAGUCAGCUGGAGACCGUCCAACAAUGAGUGAUGUGGUCAAGACAAUUGAAACCGUUCUACAGAAUGAUGGAAUGAACACAAACUCAACGACAUCUGCUUCCUCAUCUGCUACCGAGUUCGGAGCUUCAAAAGGGGUUCCUAGGCAUCCUUACAAUGAUUCCCUGCCAAGAAAGGAAGUUAAUGAUAGUGAUGCCUUCGACUACAGUGGUGGAUACACACUCUCAACAAAGGUUGAGCCAAAGUAGCAGGCUCUUUGUUUUUUAUUUUUUUAACCAUUUUAGAGAACUCAUUUCCCAUUACAAGAUGAAUACUAUGUGUUUGAAAACUUUGUUUGUUUAUCAAAUGCAUAAAAAGUGUUAGUACUAUGUGAAAAUUGUAUUGCAACUGUUGUGAAGUAAUAGGGAUGAUUGCUUUUUGUCUCCUUCGGUCAA